AUGCCUCUGGGAAAGAAGGUUCUCUCUAUACAGUCUCAUGUUGUGCAUGGGUAUGUGGGAAACAAGGCAGCUACGUUCCCUUUGCAGUACCGGGGUUGGGAUGUCGAUGCAUUGAAUACAGUUGAGUUCAGCAAUCAUCCUGGGAAUGGGAAGUUUUCAGGGUUCAAGGCCACGGGGGAUGACUUGAGGGAUAUUAUUGGCAAGGGACUUUUGGAUGGACUGGGGAUUAAGUAUGAUGCGGUUUUGUUGGGUUACCUGCCAGAUGCGGACGGUCUACAAGGUGUGGCAGAACUGGUGGCAAAGCUGCGGACGCAAGAUGCGAACUUGAUCUGGGUAGUAGAUCCUGUGUUGGGGGACAAUGGUGUGUUAUAUAUGCCGUUGGAGCUAGUUCCAGUGUACAAGAAUAUGCUUAAGCAUGGCGAUGUAACCUUAACGACACCCAACCAAUUUGAAAUGGAGCUUUUAACAGAUUUGCACAUUGUUGAUUCUGGUGCACUACUCAGAAGCAUCGAAACGUUUCAUAUGCUAUAUCCAAAAGUUCAAAAUCUUGUCGUCACCAGCUUGCAAUUAAGGGAUAUCCCGGAGAGUAGCUUUGUGGUUGCAUGUAGCGAUUUCAAAACCACUCACUGCUUCAAGGUGCCAAAGAUCGAUGUCAGCUUUUCCGGCAGUGGCGAUUUUCUCUCUGCAAUGCUACUGCACAUGCUUAAAGACGGUUAUAAAUUACCAGAGGCCACCAACAAGGCCCUUACCCUAGUUGACAAGGUAUUACGCUGGACCUUCGAGUUGGCCAUGCGGGAUCACAACCCCAGUCCACACAGCCCACACAAUCCACAAACUUCGCCAAAAACCUGCGAACUCAGGCUAAUAGAAUCGAGACACUUGCUCAGAGAUCCUGUAGAGCCCAAAUUCACCUACACCACUCUGUAA